UGUGGGUUGCGCACUCUCCAUAGCUCGCAGUCUCUUGUUAGUCGCUGUAGAGGCACCAUCCGGGAAGGGAUUGGAGCGGGCGGUGAUAGGAUCGUAGCAGAGCUGGGAAUUCCGAGAGAAUAUCUACUUGUCCUCCGCUCCUCUGAUAUCCCAGGACUCCAUGUGCGCGGGUCUAGAGCUGCUUCCUGGCACACACACACCCCCUAUUCUAUCCCUGGCUAACUUCUCCUGUACAACUUUCCAGUGUGACAGCCGGGAGGAGGACACCCCAUGACUGUGCCAUUCUAUAGAAGUGAUCGUCAGCUCUUCGGACCAGACUGCUGCAUGAUCAUCUGAUCCCUAUGGAUGGAAUGUGUAGAAGUUGCUAGAGAUGUGACAGUUGUGGCUUCUAAGUGUGCUGUGUUGGUGGUGUGUGCAUGCUCCCUGGAUCAUCUAUGGAGAUGUGUGUAUAGAUUGCCUUGUCUAUCCUAGGAAGUAGUCCCAUGUGUCAUUCUCCAUCAGAUCUCUCCAAUUGGGAUGCAUUGAUUGGAUUGGCGUUUUAUCGCUGUCAUCGCAGACGUUGAUCGGUUACAGCUGGUUUGAUCUUUGCUGCUACAUUGUAUUGCCAUUUGUUUACAUGACCAAGAUGUUGUGACAGCUGCCUGUCAUAGAUUACGCCUUCUGUGUACCCAAUCCGAGCGCUGUCACUGAUUGGAGCAUUCCUCUCACUGAGUCACUUAUUUUGGAUAUUUGAUUUGUCAUUGGCUGGAAGUUUUUUUUAUAAAUAGUCGGUGUCCCCGUUGUGUCGUUUUCGUUUGGAGGUGGACUCAGUCCUGGUUUUCCCGUAUGAGGCACCAUGUCCAAGACCCUGAAAAAGAAGAAGCACUGGCUGAGUAAAGUGCAGGAAUGCGGCCUGUCUGGAGUAGGGGGCGACCCCAGCGUUCUUCUGGAGAUCCGCGGGGGCGCCGAACACGGAGAGUUCCCUUAUUUGGGCCGCCUACGGGAGGAUGCGGCCAGCUACAUCGCCGGCAAGGUACCCAACCAAGGAGAUGUACUGUUGGAGGUGAAUGGCACGCCGGUCAGCGGACUUACGCAUCGAGAUACGCUGGCCGUGAUCAGACACUUCAGGGAGCCCAUCCGUCUAAAGACCGUGAAGCCUGGUAAAGUUAUCAAUAAAGACCUUCAGCACUAUCUUAGCCUUCAGUUCCAGAAGGGAUCCAUAGAUCACAAGCUACAACAAGUUAUCAGAGAUAACCUCUACUUAAGAACAAUACCAUGUACAACGCGAUCACCAAGAGAUGGCGAAGUCCCCGGUGUUGAUUAUAAUUUCAUUGCUGUAGAACAGUUCAAAGCAUUAGAAGACAGCGGAGUUUUGUUGGAGAGUGGAACAUAUGAUGGUAAUUUCUAUGGCACUCCUAAACCACCAGCUGAGCCAAGUCCCUUCCAGCCAGAUCCUGUGGAUGGAGCCCUAUUUGAUGCAGAUUUUGACGCAGAGGUCACAAGGAAGAGAACCACAUCUGUCAGUAAAAUGCAGCGCACAGACUCUUCUCUCCCUGAAGAGGAGGAGGACGAGGAUAGAGAGACUGUCAAUGGCAGCAGUGGAAGUACAGAGCACAGGCAGGAACCUGCAGAGUGGGGAAAAACUGUCCCUAGCUACAACCAGACCAACAGUUCUAUGGACUUCAGGAAUUAUUUAACACAAAGUGAAAACCUGGAACCCCUUCCAAAAAACUGGGAAAUGGCCUACACAGAAGCAGGCAUGAUCUACUUCAUAGACCAUAACACAAAAACGACGACAUGGCUGGAUCCCCGUCUGUGCAAAAAAGCAAAAGCUCCAGAAGACUGUGAUGAUGGUGAACUUCCAUAUGGUUGGGAGAAGAUAGAGGAUCCACAAUAUGGGGUCUAUUUUGUUGACCACAUUAACCAGAAAACGCAAUUUGAAAAUCCAGUUCUUGAAGCUAAAAGAAAGAAGCAGCUUGGUCUCCCUCAGUUUGAAGGAAUGAUGAUUCCUGAGCCCGACAAGUCCCCAUUCACCAGAGAUCCAGCACUGCUAAAGGGAGCAACAUUGCGCACAUCUCUAAAGAAAAGUGCGAUGGGAUUUGGAUUCACCAUUAUUGGAGGUGACAGGCCAGAUGAGUUUUUGCAGGUGAAAAAUGUUCUCAAAGACGGCCCAGCUGCACAAGAUGGGAAGAUAGCUCCAGGUGAUGUGAUUGUAGACAUAAAUGGAACUUGUGUUCUUGGACAUACACAUGCGGAAGUUGUUCAGAUGUUCCUGCUUAUUCCCAUUAACCAGUAUGUGAAUAUGACCUUAUGCCGGGGCUAUCCUCUGCCUGAAGAUAGUGACGAUCCUGUGGCUGAUCUUGUUAAUGCUCCACCCUUAAUAAAUGGGCAAUUGACUACACAAGGAGAAAAUAUGGGAAGCCAGGAUUUAAAGUCUGGAGUAGUUGUUUUGGACCACAAUGGAAAACCAGGCCAUGUAUUGGUCAAUGGUCGACUGAAUGGACCUUCACAGGAUUUACAAGAUCAAAGGACAUCUAUGGCAUCAUCUGGGACAUCGCUGCCUGAGCUAGUGACCGUUCCCUUAUUGAAAGGCCCCAAAGGUUUUGGGUUUGCCAUCGCUGAUAGUGCAAUGGGACAAAAAGUUAAAAUGAUUUUAGAUAGCCAAUGGUGUCCAGGACUUCAGAAGGGGGACGUAAUAAAAGAAAUCUGUCAUCAGAAUGUGCAGGGCCUGACACACGUACAAGUUGUUGAAGUCUUGAAGCAGUUUCCAGUGGGAGCUGAAGUGCCAUUACUUGUCUUGAGAGGAGGUCCUCCAUCACCAACCAAAGUAACAAAAGUGAAGACUGACAAACCAGAGCUGACUGGUAGUGUUGAAACAAUUGGCACGACUGAACCUUUACCACAGCCUUUACCUUUCCCACCAAACCUUGCACGAUCUAAUUCUCCAAAGCUUGACCCUUCAGAGGUGUACAAGAAAUCAAAGAACAUCUUUGAGGAUAAGCCUCCAAAUACAAAGGACUUGGAUGUUUUCUUACGAAAACAAGAAUCUGGCUUUGGAUUUCGGGUUCUCGGGGGAGAUGGGCCAGACCAAGCAAUUUAUAUCGGAGCCAUUAUUCCUUUAGGAGCGGCAGAAAAAGAUGGACGACUUCGUGCUGCAGACGAGCUAAUCUGUAUUGAUGGUGUGCCUGUGAAGGGAAAGUCCCACAAGCAGGUCCUGGAUUUAAUGACAAACGCUGCUCGUAAUGGUCACGUGUUGCUUACCGUGAGAAGGCAGAUCUUCUACUCAGAUAAAGCGCAAGAGGAGGAGGAGCCACAGCAUACAACUCCUGCACUUAAUGGCUCUCCCAGGCUCAAUCGCAUUGAUGUAUCUGCAGCUCCAAAGACACCAGCAGAGGCUUAUGACAUUGUCUUACAGCGCAAAGAAAAUGAAGGCUUUGGGUUUGUCAUCCUGACUUCCAAAAACAAGCCCCCUCCAGGAGUUAUUCCUCACAAGAUUGGACGUGUAAUAGAAGGUAGUCCCGCUGACCGAUGCAGAAAAUUGAAAGUGGGAGACAGGAUCUCGGCUGUUAAUGGCCAGUCAAUUGUGGAGCUGUCACAUGAUAACAUUGUACAGCUCAUAAAGGAUGCUGGAAAUACUGUCACCCUAACAGUGAUUGCAGAAGAAGAACACAGAGGUCCUUCAUCUGGCUCAAAUUCUGCAAGACAGAGCCCUGCUCCUCAGCAUCGUGCCAUGGGACAAGCGCAACCGAGUUAUGGCACUCUAGAAAGAAACACCCUGGAUGCAGACAGCAGUAAAGGAGAUCCCUCUAACACAUAUAGGUUCUUAUGGUCAGAUCACAAACCUGAUGCUGUACAUACCUUGCCUUCAGGAGGCAGGCACUCACAGCAUGUGGGUUGCUAUCCUGUGGAGCUGGAUCGAGGACCUAGGGGCUUUGGGUUUAGUCUCCGUGGAGGAAAAGAGUAUAACAUGGGACUAUUUAUCCUCCGUCUUGCAGAAGAUGGGCCAGCCAUCAAGGAUGGACGUAUUCACGUUGGUGACCAGAUAGUGGAAAUUAAUGGAGAGCCCACACAAGGCAUCACUCACACACGGGCCAUUGAGCUGAUUCAGGCUGGUGGGACAAAAGUUCUUUUGUUACUAAGGCCAGGGACAGGGCUUAUUCCAGACCAUGAUGAUCUGGAUAGUACUUCUUCAACAUCUACAAAUGUAAUAUAUGACGACGAUUCAGCAUUUUUGUCAACCUCAUAUGUGGAUCCAAAUCCUGGAGUUUUUCAUUCAAUGGCACCUGAUGAAGAAAUUUUGGAUGCUCAUGAGACUGAAAAAAUGGUUAUUGCAAAUGAUACUCAGCAAUAUAAAGAUAUUGCAGAUUUGCCUACUGUUAAAAGUAAUGAGAACAAGUCAGAACUACUGGAACUUUUAGUUAACAAAGACAAGCAAAGGGAAAGGUCUGUGAGCCCCAAAACCUCUUCUAAAAAUAAACCACUUGAAUCUGGGAAAGAAAGCAGCACAAGGAGAGGACGUUCAGCAAGUCCCAAAAAGAGUGACAGUAAUAUAUCUGAAAGACACCAGAGUUCCCGACAUACUGAUUCGAAACGCACACACAAAGACGUCCGAGAAAGAUCUUUGAGCCCCCGAAAAUCACAUCAUAAAACAAACACUGAAUAUGAUGUUGGCAAUGAUAAAGACAAGAACAGGGGACACAGACACAGGGGAAGAUCUGCCAGUCCCAAAAAAUCUUAUAGAAAAGAGGAGAAAGAGAAACUAAGUGUCGAAGUUGAAGAUGCAUCAAAAAAACAGCAAAAUGCACUUAAUGCAGAUCAACUUAAGGAUAAAAGAUCUGUUAGAGAAGAUGGAAUUGAUAAGAGUAGGAAAACUGAAAAGCAUGAGGCAUCAAAGAAGGACAUGAGGGAAGACAAACUUAAGAGGGAGGAGAGGGAAGAUAAAGUUAGGAGUGAGGAUAAAUCCCGAAGGCAAGAGAGAGAGGAAAGACACAGGAAAGAGGACAGGGAAGAAAAACAUAGACGAGAGGAGAAAGAUGACAAACACAGAAAAGUAGACAGGGAAGAUAAGCAGAGACGAGAAGACAGACACAGAAAAGAAGAAAGGGAAGAGAAAAUCAGGAGAGACGAAAGGGAGGAAAAGUACUGGAGGGAGGACAGACACAGGAGGCAGGAUAGAGAAGAGAAACCCAGAAGAGAAGGAAGGCAAGAGAAACCUAGUGGGGAGGGACAGGAGGAGAAACUAAAGCGAGAAGAGAGGGAAGAAAAGAUCAAAAAACACAUUGGAUCCAAAAAAGAAGAUGAAAAAUCCAAAGCAGAUGUACGAGAGUCAAAAAAUUAUAAAAAACUGGAUGAAAGAAAUGAGAAGUCAAGACGAGAAGACAUUCUGCAUAGUGUUAAUGACAAGAAAACCACAGACCAGAAAAGUAAAAAUGCAGAGGAAAAAUUGCAAAGAAACAAUACCGAAUAUGAGCAGAAGAAACAUGAGAAUGAACCAAUGAAGAAAGUAGGUUCUUCCAACAUUAAACAACCAACUCAAAACCUAGUGCUAAAAGCUAAGCAAGGAGAAAAAGACCCUCAUAGUGAACAAUCUGCUUUUCAUCAUGAGCCGCAAAUCAAGAAUCCUACAGCUGACGCUACAGAGAAAACCAAAGAUGAAGGAGCAUCAAAGACAGCAGGAAAGAGAUCACUAAUAACUCCAGGACCAUGGAAAGUUCCCAGUCCAAAUAAAGUUGUUGAAGAUGACGAAUUGAAUAUAUAGACAACUACUCCACAUGCUGCCAGCUGAGUUCAGCUUAUGUAUUUUAGACUUCAAAACUUUAACUUGCAUGAAGGAUAUUUUGAAUUUUGCUUGCAAUGAAUGGUCUUCCACAAGCUUGAGCUCCAUGUUACUCUAUGAAGGUGUACUGUCGCACUUUUGGACUUAGUGCUGCUACAAAUUACGUUGGGACAGUGUUGUACAGAUCCUAACCAUGCAUAUUUACCUUUGCCAAUGUGAUCAUGACUCCACUACUUGUGCCAAUUUUAUCUUCCUGUUCAGUUUAUUUCCAACGUCCGUGUAAAGUGUAAACUUGUCUUUUACAUAAGCGAAAAAAAGGCCUGGUUGAAAUAUUUGACUAGCAUGUUGCAUGUGUAAAAACUGUAACAGAACAUACAAGUUAAUGAUGGUCAAAGAAAGGACUCUAUGUGGCAUGGUGACAUGAACAAACCACUGACAUUUUACUCCUGUGUAAAAAUAGCCCCCCAAUACACAUAGGAAGCUUUUUUACAAAGAACAAAUUGGGGUCAAAUUACCAUCUAGUUUUUUACUUUUAAUAAGAGCUUAUCAUAAUACCUAUAUAUGUACUUCUGCAGAAAGGGGCAGAAGAAUAACUUUUGCUCCAGUCUGCUCCUUUGCUAAAUGAGUUUUAUUAUGAUGCACAUGACUGAAUACAAAAGAACGAAAGAAAUAUUAUAUGCAGUAAACUAAACAGCAUGUAUUUCAUGGGCUUUUUAAAUGAUAAUUUUAAAUCGCUUAAUUAUAGUUGCAUGGGAGGAAAAAGCUUUUUCAGGUCAAUGGAAAGCAAAGCUUGGGUGAAGGAAAGCUCGUAACUAUUUGAAACAUCUUGUAUAAUUUGCAAAAGUAGCAUUCUUUUCAGUACACAAUGAAAACGCUGUUUGGCAUCAUUAGACUAUUAAUGGAUGCUUUUAUAAAGGUACAAAACAAAGUAAAUAUUACAGGUUGACAAUAAAUGAUAGAAGAAUGUUGACGGCUGUGAAUUUUACCAAUUCUUUUCACAGCUGUAACCUUGUCAGCUAGCAUAUCUAGAACAAAUACACUUGCAACCAAGAAACAUAUCCAACAUUCCAUUCUGUUUCAUCAUUGCAGCUAAUUCACUGAAAAAAAAUGACAUUGCACAUCAAUAUUCAGCAAGAUGUCUGUCGUAUUAUGUUUACAUCAUUGUGAUCCCAUAAUCACUAGCACCUCUUGCCAGGACCUUAUGUCCGGCAAAAGGACAUGUUGUCAUCACUCAAGGUAGCAUAAUUCAUUAAAACCGACUACAUUGGCUGUAGAUAGGCAAGUAUCUUGUGUGCCCAUCUUUACUUUGAUUGCAGUGGUCUAGGUCAAGUACAAACCACAAGAAUUGUUCCAAGAUGGCCCUUUGUGGUGUUGUUUGCAGCAAAUGCACAAUAAAGGUUUCUAGAAAUGAUUUACCAAAACCUGAGAUCAGAGUCAGACUCGUCAUUCUGACGGUUUGAUUGCCUUUAGCAAUGCUUGAAUCGGUCAGGGUUAUGAAAAAUGCCCACUGUGCAUUGGUCUAGUAAGAGCAUUAGUUCCUUAAGAUCGAACUGGCUGCAUAUCCAUAACAGAGGGCUUAUGUGUGAGCUAUUCUUGUUGCCCAAAAGAAGCCCAUUGGCAAAUUGCCUUUCCUUUUCUGACUUGCACUGACAGCAACAUGGAGUUUUUGUUAGGGCAACAGAGAGGUCUCACCUUUAAGCCCCACAACGCUAGUAAAAUAAUUGCUUUAGUUCAACUCAUUAAUUGCUUGAACUGCAUGUCAUGUGAAUUGAUUUUAGGUUUGUGUGUGUGUGUGUGUGUUUGAGAGAGAGAUUCACCAAAGGAUUUAAAAAAUAAUAAUUUGGAGACUUAAAUAUAUCUAACCUAUAAUGUAUGAAAACAAUCUUACAUGAUAUUUAGGUCCCUUUUUAGAUGUGUGUUUGAUCUAUGAUUGGUUGCUGAAUAUAAGCAGAAUGGCCCACAAUUCUGUUGGUUAAAAAAACUUUUGGACAUGUGGCGGAGGCUUCUCUUGUAAGAUACGAAUUGCUAUGAAAUAAACUUUUCUUUGUUUGCAUUUGUGUUCCUGCACGCUGUGGGAAACUACCAUAAAACAGGUAAUUAAUUAUACACUUUAACGCCACAAUGAAUUUGCUAGAACACUGUCCCUCCCACAACACAAAAUGCUCUUAUGUUUGAAACGGGGUCAGUUGGUGCGUAGCUGUUUAUUUGGUUGCAGCACUGCACAUUAGAGUUAUGAAAUCUCAAACAGCUGAAGCCUUGGGAAUGUUAUUUUGUACCAAUUUAUUGCUAUAUACCUCUGUUCUUCAGUUUUGUGAUGGUGAAUGUUGUUCUGCUGCGCUUAACCCUUUCAUUGCUAAGGAGAAAUAAUACAUCAGAUUCUCUAGCAACCAAGGGGUUAAGCCAUAUCCAAUGCACCCAGCUCAUUACUGUGAUUUAAAUCAUUCUCUUCAUAUACUGUGAUACUUUUCCAGAAGUAAAUCUUUCACAAAGGAAAUGUUUUUUCCGAUUCUGUAUGAAAAGUUGCCUUGAAAUAUUAAGGGAAUCAAGAAUAGAUUUACUGGUUGUAAAUGUCUAAAUAAUGUACAGCACCUAUAAAUAUAUACAUAUAUCUUUCCAAAGUAUAGAAUAGAUCUGUAAAGCAGUUAUUAUUUUUUAUAUAUAGAUAUACAUAUAUAGAUAUAUAAGAACAAUCCAGUCAAUGGCCUUCAGUUCUUGCACUGUAAAAUAUUAUAAGACAAAUUGCUGUACAAUUUUGUUUUAUUUUCCGAUAAUGCAUUAUAUAUAUAUUGUAUGUGUUCAGCUGAAGCAUCCUUCAAAACUAAGAACUAUUUUGCAUUAAAAUGAAUACACAAA